GAGUCGGGCUGGGAGGCAGGGGGCAAUCAGUGGCGUCGCCGGCUGGCUGGGGUGCUGGCAUGGCCCGGUGCUUGUGAGAGCGGAGUGCGCGAGGGGCCGCUGCCACCAUGCCCAGGGCUGUGUGCGCCGCCGGGCUGUGCCUGCUGGCGCUCGCCCUGCCGGUGUGGACCAGAAGAGGAAGUGAGGAAGGCAGCCCCCAGCUACAGCAUGAACUAACCAUACCUCAGUGGAAGACUGAAGAAAGCCGCAUGGGAGAAAAGCAUCCACGCAAAGCUGAGCUCAGGGUCAUGGCCGAGGGGCGAGAGCUGAUCCUGGACCUGGAGAAGAAUGAGUACCUUUUUGCUCCAGCCUACACAGAAACCCAGUAUACUCCCAGUGGCAACCCUCAGACCACCACGCUGAAAUCCGAGGAUCACUGCUUUUACCACGGGACAGUGAGGAAGGCAUAUCAGUCCAGUGUCACGCUCAGCACCUGCCGGGGAAUGAGAGGACUGAUUGUGGUGAACAGUAACCUCAGCUACGUCAUCGAGCCCCUCCCUGGCAGCGAGGACCACCACCUCAUUUACAGAACCGAACAUCUCAAGCUGCCUCCUGGGAGCUGUGGGUCUGAGCACUCCGGCACCGGCACCAGGGACUGGGGCCUUCAGUUUACAAACCAGAUCAAGAAGGGACCUCAUCGGAUGAAAAGGGACGAUUUAAGUGCCAUGAAGUAUGUGGAGCUGUACAUCGUGGCUGAUUAUGCGGAGUUUCAGAAGAACGGACGAGACCAGGAUGCCACCAAACACAAGCUCAUGGAGAUCGCCAAUUACGUUGAUAAGUUUUACCGAUCCUUGAACAUCCGGAUUGCUCUCGUGGGCUUGGAAGUGUGGACUCACGGGGAUAUGUGUGAAGUUUCGGAGAACCCUUACUCUACCCUCUGGUCAUUUCUUCGUUGGAGGCGCAAGCUGCUCACUCAGAAGAAACACGACAAUGCACAGUUAAUCACGGGCAGGUCUUUCCAGGGCAUCACCAUCGGCCUGGCCCCCCUCAUGGCCAUGUGCUCCGUGUACCAGUCCGGAGGCGUCAACAUGGACCACUCUGAGAAUUCCAUCGGCGUGGCUGCCACCAUGGCCCAUGAGAUGGGCCACAAUUUUGGCAUGAGCCAUGAUUCUGCCAAUUGCUGCCCAGCCAGCGAGGCUGACGGUGGGUGCAUCAUGGCAGCUGCCACUGGCCAUCCUUUCCCCAAAGUCUUCAAUGGAUGCAACAAAAGGGAGCUGGACAGGUAUUUGCAGUCAGGUGGCGGGAUGUGUCUCUCGAACAUGCCAGACACCAGGACGCUGUAUGGAGGCCGGAGAUGUGGAAACGGGUACCUGGAAGACGGGGAAGAGUGCGACUGUGGGGAGGAAGAGGAAUGUAGAAACCCUUGCUGCAAUGCCUCUAAUUGCACCCUGAGACAAGGGGCCGAGUGUGCCCAUGGCGCCUGCUGUCACCAGUGUAAGCUGCUGGCCCCUGGCACACUGUGCCGUGAGCAGGCCCGACAGUGCGACCUCCCGGAGUUCUGCACAGGCAAGUCUCCCCAUUGUCCCACCAACUUCUACCAGAUGGACGGCACCCCCUGCGAGGGCGGCCAGGCCUACUGCUACAACGGCAUGUGCCUCACCUACCAGAAGCAGUGCCAGCAGCUGUGGGGGCCUGGAGCCCGGCCUGCUCCUGAUCUCUGCUUCGAGAAGGUGAAUGUGGCAGGGGACACCUUUGGAAACUGUGGGAAGGACAUGAAUGGGAAACACAAGAAGUGCAACUUGAGAGAUGCCAAGUGUGGGAAGAUCCAGUGUCAGAGUUCUGAGGCCCAGCCGCUGGAGUCCAACGCGGUGUCCAUCGACACCACCAUCAUCAUGAAUGGGAGGCACAUCCGUUGUCGGGGCACCCACGUCUAUCGAAGUCCCGGAGAUGAGGGUGACAUUCUGGACCCUGGCCUGGUGAUGACCGGAACCAAGUGUGGUCACAACCAUAUUUGCUUCGAGGGCCAGUGCAGGAACACGUCCUUCUUCGAAACGGCAGGCUGUGGGAAGAAGUGCAACGGCCGCGGGGUCUGCAACAACAACCAGAACUGCCACUGCUUCCCGGGCUGGGCGCCACCCUUCUGCGACACGCCGGGCCAGGGGGGCAGCGUCGACAGCGGGCCCAUGCCCCCGGAGGGUGUGGGUCCUGUGCUUGCCGGAGUGUUCUCGGCCAUCUUCGUGCUGGCGGUCCUGGUGCUGAUCUACCACUGCUGCAAACAGAACAGCAAACUGAGCCACCUCAAGCCCUUCGCCCUUCCCUCCAAGCUGAGGCAACAGUUCAGUUGUCCCUUCAGGGUAUCUCAGAACAGCGGAACUGGCCAUGCCAACCCAACGUUCAAGUUGCAGACCCCCCAGGGCAAGCGAAAGGUGACCAACACCCCUGAAACUCUGCGGAAGCCCCCUCAGCCUCCCCCACGGCCCCCUCCGGACUAUCUGCAUGGCGGGUCCCCUCCCAUGCCAUUGCCAGCACACCUCAUCCGGGCCCCUAGGAACCCCCCUGGGGCCGCGUCCCAAAUAGAGAGGAAGGAGUCACCCAGGAGGCCCCCCCCAAGCCGGCCAAUGCCCCCCCCACCGAACUGUGUCCUCUCCCAGGAUCUCUCCAGGCCUCGGCCACCCCAGAAGGCUCUCCCCGCUAACCCGGUGCCCGGCCGCAAGAACCUGCCCCGGCCAGGCGGCACCUCCGUCCUGCUGCCCUCUGCCCCCGUCUCUCAGCGCGCUCGGCCUCUGGUAGCAUCUGCCCCAAAGUUUCCUGACUACAGAUCCCGCAGGGCUGGGGGGAUGACUAGCUCAAGAAUCUAGACCUGCCAAAGGGGCUGCUCCCUUUCCUUGAGGACUCUGAACAACAAC